GCGUCAUGCGGCGGCAGUCGCCUGGUUCUAGUUGGGUACCUGCCUUCCCAGCAGAACGCAAAGGCCGCCCCUUCACCUCACCUUUCACGUACCUGCCAGAACAUGAGGUGAAAGCUCUCGGUAUGGGUGGCAUAGGCUCUCACUAACGUUUUCUUUUCUUUGUUCUUUUGGCACUUACCUACGUCACUGCUACAACUGCAACUCGAUAGACCUCCAUCAACAUGUUACAGCGGUGUGCGCGUUUCAUCGGCUUUCGCAAUGCCAUUAUAUUCAUUGCCGGCUUGGGUGUCCUGCUUCUCUGUAACAGCGUUCUGUUGCUCUGGCAGUUCCGCUCGCCUUCACGACCCGCACAUCGCGACAAGCUAAUUGACCAUGGACCAAGCACGCAGCAAAUGCAUCCCAUCGAUGAGCUCAUGGUAGACGCGCAACGCAAAUUUGGAGAACUCAUCUCAGAACGAACAUACGACCUGAAUUCGGCAGCCGAAGCAUACCGACAAAGGCGUGGUCGUAAUCCACCACCUCACUUUGACGCCUGGUUUGAGUAUGCGCACAAACAUGAUGCGGUCAUCGUGGAAGGACUGUUCGAUCAGAUCUACCGUGAUUUGAGACCUUUCUGGGGUGUGCCUGCAAAGAGUAUGCGUGGCUUUGCACAGCACUAUGACCAUCACAUCACCGUAAGGAACGGAACCGCUAGCAUGACGGGAAACCAGGGCCCAGGCACGCCGACGGACCGUAUGUUCGCGUGGUGGGACAUGGUAAGGCGCAUGGAAGGCAUGCUGCCUGAUCUCGAUUUCGCCGUCAACGUUAUGGAUAAGAGUCGAGUCAUCGUACCGUGGGAGGAGAUGAGCAAUUACACCCAGAUUGAGACCCUGACGAGGAAAAUACUGCCUGGUGACGAGACCAGCUCCGAGUACAGUGGCUUCCAAGCGGUGGACGAGACGUCUGAAGAGCUGCUCCAGGUAAAUUGGUUGGGCCCCGGAGAGCCAUAUUGGGAGAUGGCGCGGAAGGCAUGUCCACCAGAUUCACCUGGCCGAGACCAAGUCGCCGCCACGAACCUUGCUGGACCUCCUCCUUUCCCUCGGAGCUAUCCAGAGCAUUCGUAUAAAGGCUACGUGCAGAAGUGGGACUUGGCAAGAGAUGCUUGCCAACAAAAUCAUCUACAAGAGUCGCAUGGAACAUUCAUCGAGCCGAUCUCUAUAUCAACUACCCACGCUUUGGUUCCCAUCUUCGGUGAGACCAAGUUACAGCAGAAUGCAGACAUCGUCAUUCCUCCUGCUGCAUAUCUCUCUGAGACGUUUGCAGGCGGUGACUACUCGGGUACGAAUCCCGAUGGCAAAAGCUGGUCGACGAAGAUCGCAGGUGCUGUAUGGCGGGGUGUCGCUAGCGGAGGUCGUAACAAGGCAGAGAACUGGACGCGUUUCCAUCGGCACCGCUUCGUGUCCAUGUUGAAUGGAACAUAUGUGCACAACCUGGAGAUGGGCGCAAAGGUAGCGAAUGGAGGCGAAACGUACAGCCCGCAGUCAUACACCACGUAUCAUCUGGAAGCGACAAGACAUGUGAAUAUGGGUGCUUGGCUUGACCGGAUUGCGAAUGUCGGCUUCACGGACCUUUUGUGCUUUCCACAUUCCGGUAAGCGAACUUGCGACUACAACGAGCAGUGGUUUGGGGCUGUAGAGAAGGUUCCCAUGUCCGAGCAGUUUAACUACAAGCUCCUCCCUGACAUUGAUGGCAACUCAUUCUCUGGACGUUAUCUCUCCUUCCUUCGUUCGACAUCCGUUCCCAUCAAGGCGACGAUCUACUCCGAAUGGCACGACGACCGGCUGAUACCAUGGCUGCACUUCGUGCCAAUGGACAACUCGUUUGUCGACAUGCACGCUAUAUUGGACUAUUUCCUAGGGACUGGAGAUGACCAUGUGGCGGUGCUGUAUGGUGCCCACGACAAAGCAGCGGAGAAGAUCGCAUUUAGCGGCCAGGAGUGGGCUAACAAGGUCUUACGCAAAGAAGACAUGUACAUUUACACUCUGCGGUUAUUGCUCGAAUACGCGAGGCUUUGCGACGAUAAUAGAGAGCAGCUGGGCUUCGUCAGGCACCCAGUCAAAGGCGGUUCAGGAGAUGAAGCAUGAGAGGGCAAACGGAGAUGCGAAACAGUCAUUGCAUGGAAGUACACAUCACAUGUGAGCCCGACUCGUCCUUCUGCAUCGACGGGACUGCAUCUGACUCGACCUGUAUACGAGCCAUGGGUGGCGCAUGUUGUACCUGCCUGGCCGUGGCGACGCGCAGGACCAUCAGCACGCAUAUAUGCCGCCCUGUAGGUUAUGCGCGUGUCAGAAUCUGGAGGCACAAGAUCUGAAUCGUGUGAGGCGUGCGUAUACGAGCCUCAUGUUGACGUCGUGGCACCUUUGUAGCGCGAAAUCGGCGAUGGAACAGAUUGAUAGUAGUCUGGAUUUUCGAGGCACUCAUGUUUUGUAAUAGGAGCUUUUUCUUGGGAUGAGAUGACUCGAUGUGAUGCUAAGUGAUCACCAAGGUGGCUGCGACGAUGUCGGGUUGGG